AUGAGGAAACCCCGCCAGUUUCUGGAGACAGGAUCACAGAUUUCCAGCGGGUCUAAGGUCCAAACUGUCCUCUUUUUGGGACUACAGAGACAUGAGAAGGUGAUGGUUUUGUGGCUGUACCAUGCUGACCAGGAGACAACAUCCUGCAAGCGUGUGUCUGUGUUUCUUCUGUCUGCUCACUCUGACACAGAAAUCUGGCGCCCAAAACUUCAGAGGCAUCCAACAAAAGGUCCGGUAUUUCAUCAACAACGCUCCAAUGGUACCAGUUUCAUCUUCUUUACUUUAAACAUUAAGAAACAAAUGUGGCAGUGCUUUAUGUUUCUGCUAAGGCUUAUUCAGAGUGCAUCUACAGCAGGCUUUAACUUUAAACUGUUGACUUCAAAUCAACUCAGUUUAACUCUGGAGGCUUCUGUUUUACUCCCAGUUUAAUCUGGAUCCAACUCUGCAGACAUUAACACACAGUAAUGACAUAAAAACCUGAUUGUGGGUGGAGUGAUCUUUGUAUCAGCUCGUCGUCUCUAUCACAAUGAUGACUCAUUUUAUAUUGUAUAAUGACUUGCAACACAGCUGAUGAUUUUAGGCCUUGGGACCAUGAAUUCUUGCCUCCUAAGUGCUACAAAGGACUGUGGGAGCAGAGGAGCCUGGUUAAUGAGAACCUGAGGCAUUAUGACUAAACAGGUGUGUCAGAUAAAGACAGGUGACCAGAUUGUAGGAAAACUGGAUAGAAAAACAUAUUGAGCCUGUGUCUGACACUAUUUCUUUACCGCAUGGCCCUGGUUGUAGAAAUGGGUAGUUUAGGCUCAUAACAAUGUUUGUGUAACAAUAAAACAAACCGAGACGAAGAACAGCAGCGACUCGUCUGACUCUGCAGGUUAGUUUACAGGUUGAAAGCUUUGUUUUGUGUAGCGUCUCAUAUUUCGGAGGUUCUCCAUUUUGAAAUCACUCCAGCAAAUUGCUGAAGUUGGCACUGAAAGGUUUGUAAAGAAAAGGUGGUGUUUCCCACCAGCUAAUCUGCUCCAGUCUUGAAGGUCUCAUGAGGUUAAAUCACUUGAAAUAGCUGCCACUUCAAUAUGUAAAAACUUUAUUUGACAGACAGGUAUCAAACUGCAGGAAAAAGAAGAUUUCUGGUUGCCACUGGUUUGGUAGAUUAACUGAACUUAGCUCUAUUUUACGAAAGCUAAUGAUAGACAUGAAGUGCAAUGCAAAUAAUGCAAAAUCAUUUCUUAAAGGGGGGAAUACGACCCCCAUGGCCAAAAACAUAAGCACUGUGCAUCAAAUCAAGACUUUGACUGUCCUGCUGCUUUUCCUGCUGCACCGCUGCCAUCCCUCUUUUUACCCAAAGCAUUGCCAGACUUAGGGGCCAGUCCUCUGAGUAAAAGUUAAGGUGACAAUCUGCUGGAUAAUACCAUUACAUUGUGAGUCGUUCAGGGUAAAGUCAGUAAAACUAGAAUUCAGUGAAAGCAAAUUAUACAGGAAAAGGAAAUGUAGUUUUAGGUGCGAAACAUGUAGAAAUAACAUUUUUUUGGAGGAUAUCUGUAUUUUUUAAAUUAUUACAGAUGGAGUGAUGACCUGUCAAACUUCUCAACAAGGACGUGUACUCCUUGUUAAAUGCUGCAUUGAGGGGUAUUAUCCUCUUUUUAACAGCAUAUAUUUUCUGCUACUUAUUGCUGCUGUGUUUCUGCUCUAACUUGUUUCUGUUGCUUGUGUUCGUUCAUAGUUCUUCUGUUUUAUGGCUUUCUAAACAGCACCUGAGUUUUCAGUUUCAUUCCAACACAUGACGGAUCCUGUUAGCUUUACAAAAAAAAAAACAAUCCCUCAAUCCUUAAAUCUUUGUUUUCAUUUCCACUGACAACAGUUAGGAGAGGUUCCUUAUAACCAAUGAACACUGUCCUACUUUUUUGGUCCUUCUGUUGGGGUAAAAAAAAGUACCAUACCAGCAAAACCCUAAAAGGAUGGACCAUAACAGAUACGGCUGGCUACAGAAAUGAUCAGACUGUGACCAAAUAUUAUCUCAAGCAGAUCAAACAGCUUGUAGUGACUCGACAGGUCACUACAAGUUGGUGCAAUGUACAACAGAGAAAAAUCACUGAUUUCAAUUACCUGUGUUCAUCACGAGUCCAUCUUCAGCCUUAAAGGGAUAUUCCAGCAUAAGUUUAGGCCAUGGUCAAACACACUGUAACACUGACUUAGACACGCCCUUGAGAGAUAAAUGUUGCCGAGUGCUUACUUCUCUAGUCAUACCAACUUUAGUAAUGACUGCAUGAUAGCAAUACAUACGGCGGUCUACGUCUCCAUGCACAAACCUCAACCAAAAAGCCACUCUAUAGCCUGAAAUAAUGCUCAGAACAGCACCUAACUUCACCAACAGUACAUAUAGGGUCCCAGCCAUAGUACUAGCCAAUGAACAUAUUUUUAGCUUUGCCCGGUUUCUUUAGCAAAGAGACCAAACACAACUCACCCACUCUCCUCCAGCAGCUACUUGUUUGUGGGAGAGCCCUAACAAGUCGAUCACUGAGUGCAGCGGAAGUCAUUUAUGGUUAUUACUUUUUGGAAAAUGCAAUCAGAGUUCUUGUGUAUCUUGCAUGGGCACUGCAGACGCAGUAGAUCUUCUGCCUUGGCGUCUGGGUCUGAUGUUUUAAAUAAAUGUGUAAAAGGUGGGGUAGGCAGGAUCUGAGGAAGAGCCAGUUUUGGGGAGAAAUCUUGAAUGUAAACACUACUUUGUUAAAGCAGUUUACCUGUCCAGCAAAAGGUGACAGAGUCUGUAAGAUCCUGAAGGUUUCCCCAUCGUUUGUAGUGAUGUUGACCUGGCAUCUUCACUCUUGUCCGGUCUACCCCCUUUUUAAGUGCCCAUUAUUCCGCCAGAGCCUCCGGUAUUUAUUUCGUUUUACUGCCUGCUUUUUUCUGUACUUUCUGAUUGGUUUCUACUGUCUGAUAUUGUAGCACGCUAACUUUGUUUGGGCUCGAGCAUGUUAUUGGAGGACGUGGAGGGUUCCUCACAACAUGAGGGAGCAGCAUCUGCCUCACAACCAAUCAGCACUAAGAAGUAGCAUCCACCUCACAACUAAUAGGGGGAGGCAGAGGAUGGUUUUGUUUACAUUCAGAAAAAGCGGGCUGCUCAAAAAUUUUAAAAUGCUGGCUACACAGACAUAACAUAACACAACUACAUUGUUACAUUACCAAAUAUCAUCAAUAACUAAUAGCUAUUGACUAAUAUUUGAAGCUUUUUUGUACAUACACCACAAAUAAAGAUGCCUCUUUAAUGAAAAUCCUGCCUACCCCUUAAAAUACCCUUUAAAUUUUUUUUUAUUUACACUUAAAGAUUUUAAUAAGCAUCCCAAAGGUCUUAAAAUUGGCAUGGAAACAAAUAAUGAAUCCUUAUUGCAAUGGUAAUUAACAAACAGCGUUGCAGAGUUGUUGGGUAUGUGACUUUUCUGUCACUUGAAAGCUUGUGAAAUGUGUUGCAUAAAGAAAUGUUAUAAUUACUAUUGCACUGUAACUCAAAUAUAUUUAUCUUCUCAGGAGCUGCUGGACUGCAGACUGUACACACCCACCAUCAAUGACUACCAGGUAAGAUCCACGUCAGAGUGCUGACUCAUUUUCAUUGUGAAACCUAAACUAAUCAUUCAUCUUAUCUGGACAUCUGAGAUCUGCUCUACACACACACACACACACACACACACACACACGCACACAUGCACACACACACACACACACACACACACACACACACACACACACACACACACACACACACACACACACACACACACACACACACGCGCACACACACACACACAAAAAGGUCCUCUGAGCAAAGCAACAUUAAUAAAACAAGUUCUCAUGCAGGAGGGCAAAAUGUCAAAAUGUGGUAUCAUUGAAAAAGUGAUGAAAGGCAUCAUCUAGAAACAAACAUAGUAACAGAUGCUUGAGACUUCUUGGAUUUGGAUUUGGAAAAGAGCCUAUUUGAUUUGCAACAGAUGAACAUCAAAUGGCAAUACACAUCAUACACUCACAAAAACUCACACGUCAUAAAUCCUCAAAUAAAUGCAGGUGUCUAAUCUGUAGCAGGCCUCUUAUAUUUACCAGGAUCAUUACCCUGUUAGGUGUAUAAAGGGGCUGCUUUCAGUUACUGGCUGGGACUUUUUUAAAUUUCCAACAUGGAGUAUGGACACAAGGAAAACAACUAACAAGUGAGUCCACAACUAUCACAAACCACCAUCUAUACAGAUCUGGAGUAAAAUGAUUCACAGGUUACCUCAGAGCAGUUUACUCCAGUUUUACCGGAAACUGUAUCAGUGCUCUAACAUCUGCUCAGAGCUACACUGCUAAAUGGGCCAAACACAAUCCACACGCAGUGUAUGGGCUGAAGAUGGAGAGAGAUAAGAGACAAAAAGAGAAAAGGAGAAAGACAAUACUGACAUAGGCCUUAUGGCCCCAUCUGUAUGUCAAGUGUUGAUCCACAGGCAGACAAUUCUUCAUAUUAGUGAUAAAUUAAUACGAUGUUAACAGACUUCUGUGUAGAUUUAUUAUUUCUGAGUCAUCUAGAGGAAAAGCCAUUAUCUUCAUCUCAAGGGGUUGAGGGUGACCAUGCUUACUAGUCCUCAGUCACACAGGGUAAAAUGUCACUUCAAUCAUUUGUGCCUUUAUCUUUUGCAAUCAGGCAAAUUUACACAGAGAGGGAGGUAGAAUUUCCCCCAAAUUAAUGCAAAUAAGAUCACUUAAAUUUAUGUAAACACCGAUGGUACACAGAGACGCUAUACUCAGCAGUGAAGUCUGUGGACCUUUAGUGCUUGGACCUGUAGAGGCUAGGUUUUGAUGACCCAGGCCCUCAUUUUGCACAAAAGUGAACAAUUUUUCUUCUCAAAGACAAUCUUAAGCAAAGACCUGCCUCUAAUACAAGCCUGUCUCAUAUAAAGACCUAAUUUCUAAGGCUGUACAAACAAACAAAAGACCCAGCCUUUAUAAGAUGAUUUAUGGUGUUGAGUCAUUACAGUAGUCCCACAAAUAUAACUGGGAUAUUUGUCCAAACAAAUUUUGUUGCAAAAUCAACAGCUUCUGUAGCUUUUUAAAAUUCUAAGAGCUGAAGGAAUAAAGACCAAAGAUAGUGGUUUGAUUUUGUCUGCCUACCUCUAAGCAAAAAGUCUGAACUCUGCAUGCAGACGGUGGUGAGGAUUUUCUGGGACAUGAUGAACAUGGCCAAGAUCAUUAAGCUCAAUGCUAACUGAUGUACGGAUCGAUACUGAAGUAUCCAUACCGCUGAUACCAGAUAUUAAUGCUCUAAAAUCGAUUCUCAAAUCCAAAUAUCGAUACUUUUGAUACUUCAUUUGAGAUAACGUAUAUAGUUAAAAGGAACUCAGUGGGCGGUAACUUAACUGUUGAGAGCUUGUCUAAAUGUCACGUUAUUGGUGGGAACUACUUUUUCUUCCGCCUGGGUGAGUGCAUAAUGUGUAAGUGCAGCGGCACGCUAAUCAGUCAGCCAGUCACUUGGUCUGUAAACAUAGUGGAGGAGCGUGAACAGAUGUGCGUAUGGAGCUGCUCCAGCUCUACAAAGAGAUGCAAUGGGGUUUGUGAUGUUUGUGAGAAAACGUUAAGGAGUUGUGGUAACAUAACAAACCUCGUGAAACACCUUAAGUUAAACCACAACACAGAAUAUGAGGCAUGUAUAAUGAGGCGGACAGAAAAGGAGAGUACAUUGUCAGGUGCUGCUGCUGACAGGGCAAGACAAGACAGACGUCUCUGCUGAGACCAUUCAGGUUCAGAGAGGAAAAGUGUGGUGCUUCUUAAAGCAUGUUGGAGUUGUUCAAAUAAAUAAAUAUGGUUAUGAAAUAAGUAAUGAAAUAAAAACAUUCUUCAAUGAAUAGGCCUAGCACAAGUUCAGCCUGGAGUAAUAACCUGUGUCACUGAGAUAAUCCCACAUAGGCAAAGAAGCCUAGAUUUUUCUUAGAUAAGGUUUUGUAAAGAAUUGAUCAUUCAAGUGGAUUACAUAGACUAGGUGAAUUAUACAGAGCAAUUGUGACAAAACAGUCAUGGUGAAUUUAGAAAAAUGUGAGAAAAGAUUAAUUAAAACAAAACAUUUUAUCAUAAAAGACAUCUAUUAUUAUUUACAAUCAGUCUAAUUUUCCUUUAACUGUUUAAUUAAUAUUUUAAAAUCUAGGUAUUGAUAAAGCUGUGUAACUAUUGUGGUUUAGAUUUACCAGACAUAUAAAGGUGUAUUUGCACAAGUAUCAGUAUCGGAUCAGUAUCACCGAUACCAGCCUUGAUUUUACUCAGUACCUGAUCACAAAGGAAAUCUGUAGUAUCGAACAUCUUUUGGCACUUUUUUAAUUAACAGUGCUGACAUUACCAAACUAACAGAGCACUACAAUAGUUUAAAUGAAUUCAAUGAAGAUGAGUGAAAUACUUCUGAAAUGCCUGAAGAAGAAGAAAAGUUUCUGAUUGGCCCUUUUGCAGAUAGCAUCAGUAUUGGCAGGAAUUGUACCUCAGUAUUUACAGUGUACUGGCUCACUGUCUCUACAGCUGUUCCACUGAUGACAUGUGGUACCCUGACAGACCUUUGGCUGCUUUCUGUCUGUGUGAGUAACUCUUGGGCUACAGUCAGACCAGUCAGACUGUCAUUUUACGACUGACUUAAGAAAGACAUAACACUUUCCUGCCCCUUCAGCCAAUCAGCCAAUCAGCCAAUCAGCCAAUCAAUCAAUCAAUCAAUCUGAUAGAUUUAUAACACUUUUUGAUCCUAGGGGAAAGUCAGGAUAGAGAAUGCAUUAGAUGCUGUGAUGGUGGAGUGGGGCAUCAGGAAAAAAUCUGAAACAUACUACAUACUGCCAGUGUAGUUGGACUGAUGUGUGUGUGUGUGUGUGUGUGUGUGUGUGUGUGUGUGUGUGUGUGUGUGUGUGUGUGUGUGUGUGUGUGUGUGUGUGUGUGCGUGCGAGCGAGCGAGCGAGAGAGAGAGAGACCUCUCUUGCAUUAUGAAAUGAAUCAGCAGAGAUGGGGACUUGAGUUGGAGACAUGUUUUCAACCCUCAGAGACUUGACGCAGACCCAAUCUUCCGGACUGUCUUGGAUCAGACAUGACAGUCUUUUUUUUGUAUUUUUGUUAAAGCAACCUCAGGAGACCAACACUCUUCUCUUACUUGUUCAAGGCCUAAUCCAAAAGGGUUGUCUGGACUUGAUCCUUUAGACCUUCUCCUUUAGCUCAUCAGAAUCUGUAUCCAUGCCUUGACUUUUGAGGACCCACUGAUUUCUUCCCUGCCGGUAUUCAGUCUGGCUUUGGGUCAAACACAGAUAUUUCAAAUUCUGUGCUAACCCGGGACCUUGUUUCACAAAUACAGUAGACACAAAAUCAUUUACAGCUUCAUUACUGUUUUUUUUCUACCCAGAAGCCAAAGUCUCAAGAGCUGUUCGUUGAGUUCAGUCAUCAUUUCUCAUACAGAUUUUUUUUCAAAGUUGAGAUACCGUCAGAGUUAAGGCUCUACAGGUUCAACAGCUGGUUUCUUGGGGUACAUCCCGUACAUUUCAUUUGUUGGUAACUCUUCAUUCUCUGAUAUUCCCUCUUUGACUCUGUGAAGUUAUAUCUCAGCACAUUUUCUUGGUCUAGUUGUUAGUAGAGAUGUGCUUUCAAAACAAAGGCGAGACGUGAAUUUUUUUGGGAUACUAACUUGUAUAGGAUGUUGUUGGUUUUUUUUUACCUUUACUCUGCGUCUCUUGUAGUACUUUUUAUUGUUCGUUGUCUGUCUCUUAGAUGGUCUAUGAGACCCAUCUUUGUCUGCUGUUUUUCUAUUUGAUGUUCCUGAAAAUAUAACAGCAAUCACUGUCUCUGGUCUGGUAACUGCUUGCCAGACCAAAUGACAUGUGGAGUGCCACAGGGGUCCAGCCAGGAGAUCUUUAAAUCUAUGUGUCACUGUCCUGAGCAAAUAAACAGCUGAGUGUGAAAUCAACCUUAUUUAACAAAACCAAUACAGUUAUGUUAGUUUUAUUUUUAAGAAAGCUGUGUUCCAUUGAUUUCAGUAUCAGCCCCCUGAAAUGACUCAGUGUUGUUGUGGAAAAUAGUUUCUUCAGUAAGUAACAUUUCCAUCCCCAAGCCAAGUUUGGUCCUCCACAACAUGCAAAAACAAUUAGUCUGCCCUUUAUUGCACAACUUCUAAAUGUUGUUAAUUUUAAUUCUGGACUCCCCACAUUCACCCGCCAGGCUUAAAAUAAAGCCAAAGUCCACUGCAUAUCAUUGCAGCCCUCAGCCCUGUUCAGAGACUCCUUGCACUGUGCACAAAACCUCAGUCUUUGAACAAACUUGGAGGGGAGGUGAAUGGAGGAGUUGGAUAAUGUAUUGCUAACUUGUCCUGUGCCACAGAACAAGUUAGCAAUAAAUUACAGACUUUAAGGGAUAAUACAAAUUAUAGGAGCCCAGGGGGGACUGGCUGUUGGGCAGCAUUGGCAUGUUUUAAAAAGGACUAAAGGCACAGCCAAGCCAUAAGAGAUCAGCCAACAAGGCUUAGAGCAACAAAGUCGUGUCUGUGAGGAGACAGCCAGACAAAAACUUGUUGUUGCACUAUGUGACAGAGUUUUGUAUCAGUCCUUUGUACUGCUCUGCAAAAGAAUUCGCCCAUCAAACAGCAUCUGUUUGUCACCAACAGUUAUUUGCUAUUUUGCCAACAUUUCCCAUGAACAACUUUUUAUCGCAUCUGUCAGUAAACAUUGGUCUAUAGCUGCAGAUUGAGUAUUUCUAAUAAGCUGUAAUUAAUCAUGAUAAUUUAUAAAAAUAUGACAUGCUUGUUGACCGCUUCUGCAAAGUUGAAGAGCCUUUGUAAGAAUAAAACUUCCUGCUUCCUCUGCAAAUUGCUUUGCAACCUGCCUCCACCCCAGCUCCUCCUCUUAAUGCUUAUUUUGCCAGUGUUGUAUGUAUUGUCACCAAUAGUGGCGCUGUUUUUUCUCUGUUUGGCAGAAUUGCCCCCAAACCACGAUGAAGUGUUUUGCAGAUGAAGUGAAAGUCCUCAUUGAAGAGUGGGAGACUGUGAAAGAUGCUCAUGUUAUCAGGUUGGACAAGAUGCUGAAACAGCUGGCAACGAAGCUUCCUCAGGUAUGGAGGCCGGAAAAGUCCAGAAAAUGAGAUUCACUUUGGUAGCUUGAGGAUGAGCGUUUCAAAUUCACUGUGGAGAUCAAUAUAGGAACUUUUUGUACACCUUGUACAUAUCAUAGGCUUCAGUGUCCACGAGCCACUAUAAUCACACGCAAGCAGUAACCUGACAACAUCUCUGUCUCUCUAAAAACAGAUCUCGGCAUGAAGAUAAGAUAACAUUUACAGUUGCUAAAGACGAUCAGCAUUUAAAUUUCCCAACUCUCCAGAAUAUUUCAGAAAGGUAGUUUCCUCUUUCUCAGCCCUGUCAAAAUUAGACUAAAAAUACUACAACAGACAGACACCUCUGAAAGUCAAACUCUUGGUUUUGGCUUGACAGUGUCAUGCUUACAUGCAGAACGAACCAACAGUCUUUCUCGGAGGUGGAUUUCUGUGUUGGAUCUCGGUUGCUGCUGGAACAAAGGAGGUGAGCCAGAUUAGACAUUUCCAAAUAGCCAGAUGUUAGUUAAGCUCCCGUCUUUUCCAUCUUGGCAGUCAUGUUCAUUUAUUUGCUGGCCCACUGCACAGCAGGACUUAAAGGAUCAAACAUCAGCCCUGUUGGUCUGUAUUUGUGACUUCACAUAAUGAUGAGGUACAGAUGAUCUUAAUAUUCUUCUAAAAAGUUCCUGAAAUGAGACAUGCACUACAACUGACCCUCUGAUUUUGGAACACUUAUGAUCCCCAUUCCAUCAGGGAUGCUGGCUGUGGACUGGGACCCAAGAACAAGCUGGGUGGUCCUCUCCUCUGUAGAAUGGAAUCCAUGAUUUCUAAAAAUAAAGUCAGAUUUGAUUCCUCAGACCUAAGGAUUCUUUUCCUCCCCCCACCAGUCCGCUUUAAAUGGACUCAGGUCUAGAAAAGCCUCUGGUUUCUGGGUCUAUCUGGUUUCCUCUUUGCAUGGUUCAGUCUGAACCAAAUUUGUGGAUGCAGUGAUGAACUAUCUUCACAGACGGUUUUCAAAGUCAUUUCCACUUCAGAGUCCUGUCUGUUUUUAAUGCAGUGCUGUCUCGGGGUCUAAAGAUCAGGACCAUCAAGGCUUGGUUUUGGUCUUUGUCCUUUUAGUACAGAGAUUUUUCCAGAUUCUCUGAAUCUUUUAAUGAUAUUAUGUUAGGGAAAUGAUCAAAUCCACUCAUUUUUUCACAUUUGAUAACCAGGAAUAUUAUUUUGAAACUGUUGAACUAUCAGCUCACACAGUCUCUCACAGGGUGUUGAACCUCUUCCCAUCUUUCCCUCUGAUAUACUCAGCCUCUUUGAAUGUCCUUUUUAUACCCUGUCAUAUUACUAACCUGUUGGAAAUUAACCUCAGUAGUUGGAGAUGUUCCUCCAGCAGUUUGUUUAGCAUUAAACAACUUUUUACCUGUUUUCUUGUUUCUAAACAAACUUUUUAAAACACAUUGCUGACAUCAACUCUAAAGUGGGUGCAUACCUUUUUCAGCUUAGCAUUGGGUUAAGAUAGCCUAAAACCAACUUUUAACAGUCAAGUCUGUUUAUUUGGGGUACACGGCGCUGUAGUAGGACCGGUUUUGCCUCACUUAAUGGCGACUUGCUUCAUACAGUGAAACUGAGACUCAGAAAAGACAACAUCUGUUGCUAACAAGCACUGGUCAGUCUCGUGUAGCUGGAAGCAGCAGUGGAGUCUAUCUGGAAAUAAGAAAGAAGAAAGAAGUUGUACCCAUAAGUCUUCAAAGUUAAACCUGUGGUAUUGGUCUGCAAACAGCUGAAGAUAACCCAAAGAAUGACAAGCUGCAAACCAAUCCACAAACCAACAUCAGUUACUAUACUGAAUGAAAAUCACAGAUAGAUGCUGACAAGAAUUGAGGUCUUGCUUGUCCCAAUUUGUAUCUUUGUAUAUUCUAUCUAUCUGCAGUUUUUAUAUCCGUCUUAUAUUCCUCUCUGUCUCCUUUUCACUUUACAGACAGCUUCAGAGUGUCGCCAGUGUGAGCUGCUCCAGGAGGAAAAAGCCGAGAAGUUCCUCGAAUAUCUUGAAAGAACUCUUCAGAUGGGGAGCAUAAAAUCUUGA